AGUAACAAAUGUCGCGAUACAAAGAGUUGAUAUCCAUUUAGGAUAUUUUUGCGAAAUACGAAUUUCGUGUGAUCUUGGUGUAAUUGAUAAUUCGUUUGACAAAAUCAUGAAUGUAGUAUUCGGUGAUGUCGUUGCCGGUGUCUCAGUAUGAAGCCCUAUUGGCUGAGAUGCGCGGCCUAAGGCGGAAGGCCCAGCGCGUUCAGCAAAUCGCCAGACCAUUGUUACAAGGUGAUUCUUCACCUCUGUCGACGUAUUCCUUGGACGGUGCUGCAGGACUGAGAGAAUUCAGACCACGCACUGAACAAUUUUAUAAUGAUGGAUCUUCUGAACCUCUAGAUUACACAAUGGAAUCACUACUUCUAGGACGACAUAACGCAACAUCACCAAAUUACGACCAUGGAGUUGCAAGCAGUAUUGAAGGGGACACAACAUGCAGUGAAGAUGAAUAUGGGGGAGCCACUAGAAGUAGUACUAAAUUAUCAGUUAGUAGUGAACCAGCUCCCGAUACAAACCGAAUGGGUGCUUUAUAUCACGGCACCUGGCCUGUAGAAAGAACAAUGUGGAACUCUGAACCCUCCAGUUUAGGAGUCAAGGCGGAUGGUCAGAAUUCCAGAAAGAAUAUCGGGAAUCAAAUGGCAAUGGAGGUAACAAGUGUAAUGAGCUUUGCAUCAAGUUCAGGAGGUGCGCCUUUAGAUAGGGUUCUUGGUAGCCCCGAUAGAAAUAAAUGGUCUUCCCAGCAGUUAGAAGCCAAAAUGGAUGUAGUUCAUAGUCUCCUAUCGAUGUUAGGAGGACAAGAGCAUGUAGAUAUGGGAGAAACUCUCUUGGCUCUUAGUUCUUGCCCUGAAAGUUGUCUUGCCAUGCGUCAGUCAGGUUGUAUUCCCCUCCUAGUACAAUUAGUGCAGUCAGAUCGAGAUGGUGACACUAGAACGAAAGCUGCACAGGCUCUACAUAAUUUAGUACAUUCUCAACCAGAUGAGAAAUUAAGAAAGCGAGAAAGUCGAAUACUCAAACUUUUGGAACAUUGUAGAGCUUACAUUGAAGCCGUAAAAAAUAAUAUGGACUUUCAGCCAGCCGAGAAAUCAGAAGAUGGUGAUAAGCAUCCUGUACAAACAGUGGCUCAUCUUAUGAAAUUGUCAUUUGAUGAAGGGCAUAGGCAAGCAAUAUGCCAGUUAGGUGGGAUACAUACCAUAGCAACAUUAGUUGAGGUGGAGCAUUCAAUGCACAGUAGCACAUCAACAGAAUCCCACUGUAUUUUGAUGCGUAGAUAUGCUUGUAUGGCACUGACUAAUCUCACAUUUGGUGAUAGUGGCAACAAGGCUUUAUUAUGUUCUUUUAAGGAAUUUAUGCGUUCCUUAGUUAUUCAACUUCAGAGUCCCAGUGAUGAGUUAAGACAGGUUACAGCCAGUGUUCUUCGAAACCUGUCCUGGAGGGCCGACUCAACUUCGAAAGAGAUUUUGAGGGAAGUAGGUUCAGUGACAGGAUUAAUGAAAUCGGCCAUGUUAGAUAACAAAGAAAACACUCUGAAGUCAAUUUUAUCUGCACUUUGGAAUUUGUCAGCUCAUUGUACAGAAAACAAAUCAGAAAUAUGUGCUGUGGAUGGUGCUCUUGGAUUCUUAGUAGACCUACUAACAUAUAAAACUCCUACCAAGUCGCUUGCCAUCAUAGAGAACUCGGGAGGAAUAUUAAGAAAUAUUUCCAGUCAGAUCGCGGUCAGGGAAGAUUAUAGAGAAAUUUUAAGGCAACACAAUUGCCUUCAAAUAUUGUUGGAUCAACUCAAAUCACCCAGCUUGACAAUAGUGAGUAACGCUUGUGGUACAUUAUGGAACUUAUCUGCAAAGUGUCAAGUGGAUCAAGAUGCCCUGUGGCAAAUGGGCGCUCCAAGUAUGCUACGUUGUUUAAAUCAUUCUAAACACAAGAUGAUAGCUAUGGGAUCAAGUGCUGCGUUAAAAAAUCUGUUAAGUGCAAAGCCGCAACAAAUGUUUCAACAAGAUUUGGAUGCCACAGCUUUGAGUUUGAACCUUCCGACUCUACCCACCCUUGGUGCUAGAAAACAAAAAGCUCUGCUUCAAGAUCUAGAUUCUAAUUUGACAGAAACAUAUGAAAAUAUUGAAAAGGAUUCGCCAGUAAAAAAGGAAUCGAGGAGAAAAUCCGAAGUUCAGGAAUUGACCAAUAAUUUCUCAAGUCUUAAUUUAAAUGAACCUUCAACUAGCUUUUCUUCAGAUCCUAGGAUAACACCUAGGAUACCUCAAACAUACGGUAGUACCAGUUUACCGUAUAAACGACCAAGUUGUACAUUCAUUCCCGUUAGAAAUAAAUUUUCGGAUUGCGCGUAUGAUGAUGAGAUCGAUGUGUCUGAUCAGCCCAUAGACUAUAGCAAGAAAUAUUCUGAAACUAAGGUGCCAACUGUGGACAAUCCAAGUACUUCUACAAGCAAAGAACACGACUAUACUUACACCAAACAAAAAUCUGAUAAAGAAUCAAGUUUUAAUAUAUAUGCGGAAACAGAUUUGGACCAACCUACUGACUAUUCCCUGCGUUACGCCGAAGAUGAUUCCGAUUCAGAAAUUGCAAAAAAUGAAGAUACGAUAAAAACCUACUGUACCGAAGAUACUCCAUAUGAGACACCGUUUAAUUUUUCUACUGCUACGUCUAUGUCCGAUUUAAGGAUAGAUGACAAGCAAGUUAUCGAUAAUGAUAAAUUAAAGGACAGAGAACAUAAAAAUAGUAAAAAAAUAAGCGAAAGUCCAGAAGAAAAAGAACGAUGCAGUACGGAAGAUAUUUCCGACCUUGACCAUCGAACAAAACUGACAGAAAAAAUCCCCAAAUCUGAACUUAGUUCUGGUCUAAUGUCGCCAGAAAAACCGGUUAAUUAUGCAGAAGAGGGCACACCCGGCUAUUUUUCGAGAGUUAGUAGUUUCGGUUCAUUGACUUCCAUACCAGCAAACGAAAGAAUCAAAGAAACAAAAGAAAGUGAAAAUAGAAAUUUGGAAAAUGUAAAAAAUGUGGAGAAGAUAUCAACAAAAUCAUCCGUCGAAACCAAAGCAGUAAAAUUCGAAAGGGUAGUGAACUAUGCAGAAGAAACGCCCCUUAUGUUCUCAAGGUCCAGUUCAUUGGCAUCUUUAGAUAGUAUAGAACAACACUCCAUUCAUGACGAUAGAAGUUCAGUAGUGUCUGAUUUUAGUCGUUUAACUAGCGGAAUCGUGUCUCCUAGUGAACUUCCAGAUUCUCCUACCCAAACAGUUCCACCAAGUCCUAAGCCGAGAAAAACAUCACCAGAAUUUCCCUCUAGUUCAAAGACAAGAAUUACCUCAGAAAGCAGACCUCAGCCGGCUGCUAGAACUUUGCCUAAACCAAGUGUUUUUGAAGACAACGUCACUAAAUUCAAAGAAGAAAGUACACCAAUUCAAUUCUCAACAACUACAAGUUUAAGCAGUCUCACCAUUGACGAACAAGAAGAUAAUAUUGAGCAGGCCAUUGGAAUUAAACCGGAAGAGAGAAUUGACGAAGAAAAAGUCGAAAAUGAGGAGGUAGAGAAAAAAGACGAAGAAAAGGAAACAGCUAAUUCUGACAUUAUUGAUGAAUUUGUAGUGGAAUCAGAUGUUGAUGAAGACAUUUUAGCUGACUGUAUUAGUAUUGGAAUGCAAAAUAACAGACACAGUCAGCCAAAAUCUAUUCCAUCUUCAACUCCGACUAAGUUACCAAUUUUAAGCUUUAAAUAUACGCCCAAAGGAGGCCCUAAUACUGGAAUUCCAAUGCCCAGGAUUAAUUCAAGAGCGCCACAGCCUAAUACUUCAAGAUUAUCCAAUUUUGAUAAUGCAAUGGGUAUUCCAGGAAAUCAGGCAGAUACCGUACGGAUGUAUUGCACUGAAGACACGCCAGUAAGAUUGAGCAAUGCUGCAUCGAAUUCAGACCUAAGUUUGUUAUCAGUUUCAAAUGGAAAAGAAGGUUCUAGAAGGGGAGAUUAUUUAUCUGAUGACAGCAGUAAUUUAUCAGGUGAAAACGACAACAUUCUUGCCGAAUGCAUCCAAUCAGGCAUGCCGAAAGCCAAAAAAGAAACGAAAAUUCCUUCCAAUAACAAACCGUCAAUACCAUCUUCACUACCCCGACGUAAUAUUCCGUCUGGCGCGUCCGCCAAAUUCUCUCCCGUCCCACUUGCUGGAAAUUCGAGAAGAAGUGAAGCCCCAAAGAUGCACCCCGCGGAUUUAAAUAGAAGGGAUAAUUCUCUACCAGUGUAUCUAAAUGCGGCGAGAGACGAGGUAGAAAAUUACGCAGUGGAAAAUAGUCCUUGUCAUUUUUCGUUAAGAAGUAGUUUGAGCGAUCUGACAGUGGACGGAAGUGUAGCUGCAUUAAAAAGGAAUGGUGGAAAUCAGUGUGAAGGACCUUCAUGUAAAUCUGCAAACCAGGACUCAGAAACAGGUAAUGUCACCACUUCUCACGAACACAAUGUCAGCCAACAGUCCAGAAGAGAAUCCCUAUCUUCCAUUAGUGUAGAAUCUUUGGGCUCUCUAGAAGCUGAACAAGCUCUUCUAGCACAAUGUAUUUCUUCAGGAAUGCCUAAAAGUCACUCAGAAACCAGAUCUAAGCCCUUGGAUAUACCCAAUUCUAGAUCACAAUCGAUGAACCCCGUAUCGCACUCUUAUGAUUCAUCAAGUCCGUCAUUAACUGAUCACCAUUCAAAAAACGUGAGUGCUGCGUCUGUUGCCGGGAACACACAAGAAUUGCCCACCAGCAACUUGAUCUACAACGAAGAGGAUCCAGCAAAUCAGUCCAGCGCGGUAGCAGGCGUAGAAAAAAAUCCAGAAAUCCUACAGGAGAACGUGACAAAGGGGGCGGCGGAGAAAGAGGCGAGAGAUCAACCUCAAGAAGUGCGAGAGAAAACAGAGAUCCUAAUAAAGAACAACCUCACAGGUACAUCACAGGCCAAAUGCUCGCCUACAGAAGAGAUCUCAUUCCCAGAAGGGACGAAGAAUGGAUCUAGAAAUUCAUUGCACAAAAUUUUAGACGUUAUGGAGGAGAGACUAAUUCGUAGUUGUGAUGAUUCUAAAGCAGUAGAUAACAGAAUGCUGGAUCCGGAUGCGAUGAUCGAAUCUCUAGAUCGAUUUACAGCAGAACUGGUAUCACAGGCUAGCCAUCUGAAUAAGGAAGAAAAUUAUAAGGUAUCUACAGGUGAUAAUACUUGGAAUGAAGAAGUAUCACCCAACGAUGUCACAUUUCCAAGUAUUUCCGGUAGUGCACCCAACGUUAUUACAUUCAGUAAUGAAGAAGAGGAGAUUGUGGAAGAAUUAAGAGUGGACGAAUUGAAAGAGGACGUACUAGAUGAAGGAAACCCAUCCAACGAUUUUUCUUCAAUAAACACAUCGACGAUGACAGACAGUACACUAAUAGCAAUAGAAGCAAGUAAAAUGGCUACAGCGUUUAAACAAGAAGCCGAAAUGUCUACGAGCAUAACAAGCGCCGCUUCUCUAGAGUUAGAUCACGUUCAGCCUCCAUCAAAUAUGAAUUCAUUAACAAACAGUGCGGUAGGACUUCCCAGAAGUCCUAAAUUACCCAAAAGGAAAAAGUCGUUACCUCCUUCAUUGAUGGUUCGAAGAGCGUUAAGUAAUUCGUUAAAUAACGGUUCAAGUUUGGAAAGUCUGUCCAACUUGGAUCACGUAAAUCCUCCAUCUGAUCUGCUGUAUGAUAUGGAAGGAAGUAUGACUAGUGUUGCAAGUUUACCCAACGAUCAUAGAGCUGAUUUUCUAAUUAACGGUCUUAUCAAUAAUCCACAGAGUACGCAACAUCCAAUAUUUGAUUUGAAACAACCUUUUAGUGAAUUAGAAAACAUCAACCCACCAUCGCUUUUUAACGAAAUCACAGACUUCUGCAAUUCUUUAGCAGAUGUUCCCACAGAGGCAAUAGGCAGCGAGACUGAGAUUUUUGAAGACUGCUUUACUCAUGUUGUUGAUGAAGAUGGUACUGCGGCCGAUGUAACCAUUGCUGAAGAUAUGGUAGAUGGUACAGAAUCAAUUAUGGAAACUGCUUUAGACAACGACGAAGAUGAAAUUACCCUAUUUUCCGAUGCCAGAAGUAGUAUGGAAUCAACACCAAAGAAAAUACGAAGUUUAAGUAAAUCCAUGACUACGAAACAACGGAGAAAUCAAGCUAGAGAUCGUUACAAAACCUACACGGUAGCUGCGGAAAUGGUAAUGCGGGAAGAGAUUGAGAAGCAAAGAGAAAUAAGCGAAAAUAGUACUUUAACAUGUACGGAACAAUUUAAAAGUGCAACAGAAGGUUAUCAAACUGCAACUGCUGAUAGUCGACUGGCAGAUACCGAUAGCAAUACUAAUAGUUACAUCAAUUCACCUACAUAUAGUUCUGGAAAAGAAAAAUUAACGCCAAAAGAAAGAAGACAGUUAAAUAGAUCACGUUUCGAAACUCAAGUAUUGGACCAAGCCAUAACCGAUAUUCUCCAACAACCUGUGAUACACACUGUAUACCCCUCCGAAGUGCCCCAGUUAAGUUCCAACUCAAAUAGCUGUUCUUCUUCCCCAGCACAGAGCCCCGCUAGAACCAAACUAAGUAUUAGACGAAACUUUAUGCAAAAAAGACUAGAGAAUAGAGAAAGAUUCAGGACAAGAACAAUAAGUGAAUCUAGUUUUUCGCCAGAAAUUUCAUCUGCAUCGCCUCCCUUAAAUGGUGAAUCAGAAGUACAAUUGCAUUUACAAAAGGAAGCUAACAGGGUUUUAAAAACAUUGCGAGAUACAAAAACUCAAGAUGAACUCCUAGAUUGUGAAACUUUGAGUUUGGUGAGCAAUGAUGAUGAUUCGGAAUACAACUCUGGAGGUUCUGUCAAUUACAGAACGUAUCACAAGAGUUGGGGAUUGAAGAAAAAUGUUCCUGUUAUUACAAACACCAAUUCUAACGACUUGAACAAUCAUCAAGUCGAAACUAGUCCUGUGGAAGAAGUUAAUUCUGAUGAUGAGAACAUUGAAAAUGAGUGCAGAGUAUUUUCGAAACCGAAAAUAGUGAAACCGGAAGAUAAGGUUAUCACAGAAGAAGCUCCUGUUGAAGAAGUGCCCAAAGGAAUAAGAGGUCGUAGAAAACCACUUUAUUCCAAAACAAUUACCAAUUCAACACCAAAGAAUAUAAAACCAGUCAAGAAUAUGACCUCCAAUUUAGUGAAAAAUGUCACAUCGACGCUGAAAUCGGGGACGGCUUUGAAAGCCGUGGUUGGAAGGCAAAACAAAACUGUAACCGCACAAACACAAAGUAGAACAUCAAGUGGAUACGGCAGUAGAAGCGUAUCAAAUUCAAUGUCGCCAAAAACAAGUCCUGCCCGAACACCAGCAAGCACUAGAGGUAGUCCAAAACAUGUGGCUGCUCCCAAAGCGACGAAUUUGAAUUCAUUAAAAGGUACUCCGCCCUUAGACCGUCAAGGUACCUUCACAAAGGACGAAACAAAUCCAAAUAGUAAUGCACCUUCACCUACAGUUACCAAAGCCACCAGCAAAAUUCCCACAGUUUCCAAAAUUCCAGCUUUCGCAUCUAAAAUAGCUUCUAAAAUAACAUCACCGUCUUCUAUGUCUAAAUUACCUGGAAAACCGCCCAUAAGCACAACGAGAAAUGGUUUUACAAAAUCUGCCAGUUCUGAUAGAGCAAACAAAAAUCCUAAAGUGUAUAAUAGAUCUACAAGUGCGGAUAGUAGAGAACAGAGCACCAGGAAGAUUCACGCAAGUCCUUCCAGUCAAAGCUUAAAGGGAGACGGAAAGAUACAGCAGAAUGGGGCUGUUAAGAAGUCUUCAAUACCCAGUCUUACUCAAAGAUCUAGUAGUAAUACAAGUUUAAAUUCGAGUGGCAGUGCAAAUGCAAAGAAACAAGUAACCAGUAAGAUUGCAAGUUUAUGGAAGAAAAUUGAAGAUAGUAAAAAACAGACACCUAAACCAGAUAGUCGAGUCUGGAUUCAAGCUGAAAGUGAAAAUGAACCUCCUCGUUUAAUUAGGAGCAACACAUUUGACAAUAAAGAUGGAUCAGGAUUGAAGACGCGUUGCGAAAAUGAAGAGAAGCGCAUUUCAAGGUUGGACUCUUUCGUUAUAACAGAUGACGGUGGGGAUGGAGUUACGACUGAUAGUUUUUAAUUUAGUUUCAAUUUAGUGUUCUUUUAAGGGCAUUUUAUAUUUUUAGCAUUUGACUUUAUAUAUUGUGAAUUAUUUAUUGUAGAUACAAAAACAAUACAAUGUAUUACUGCUUUAUACUUCAAUUUAUUUUGAUUGGUUAGGUUAUUGUGUCUACAUUUUACUAGAUUUUGUACUAUCAUUUUUGAAGACAUUUUUCAAACAUUCAGUGGAGUUAAUAUUUAUUCAGUGUUAUGGUAAAUUUGUAAACUUUUAACUUUGCAUUGUGAGAAGUCUAGUAAAAUGGUUAAUGUUAAAUAAAUUAACCUAUUUUCAAAUGUACUCUUAAAAUAUUGAACAAUGUUUUUCUUAUUUUAAUUUAAGCCAUGAAAAUGUAUUUCUAGUCGCUGUUAUUUUGAAUAAGACUGUAUAUUGUAUUUAUUUAGGUAGCGUUAUACUGUUCCCGUGAUAACUUAGUGUAAUUUGUAUAUAUAAUAAAGAAGAAGUAGUUAGUAAUAGUUUUUUAAGAUUUGUAUUUCCUUUCGAUUUUUUAAUUAGCGAGGCACUUCUGGAGCUCGCUAUUCUAGUUAGAGGCUGUUUUUUGUCAUAUAUUCUAGAUAAAGUCGUUUAUAUGAAUAAAUAUGCUUUUAAG